AUGAGCCAGCCAGUGAGCAGAGGCACCCCUACGGCACUGGACCUCACCGGUACACCUAAGGACUCCCGGCAUCGGCCACCGCCAGCACCGAAAUCGACUCCACGCCGCUCCUUCUCCCCGAGGUCGAAGAAGGCAAAGACUCAGGCUGCUCCGGCAGCACCCCCGUCGCAGCCAGAUACUGCGCCUAAGUCGGACCGCCUGGCACCAAUACCUGCCAUGGCACCACCUAAACCGGAACCGUCGACUCCAGCCCCGCGAGGGCCGUUGAGUCUGGCGCCUGACGUCUCCCCGGCACCUACUGUGGUAGAGCUCACUUUGCCAUCUACACCGGAGACGUUUUCUGCGGCGAGAGACUUGAUUGCCAUCACCGAUGUGGCACCGCCCCUACCCCCGGCACCGCCGGUGCGGGUACUCCAAUCUAUGGGCAAGCCAACCCUGACCAGACCGCCAUCUGUCUGCUUAGCAGACCGGCACCGCUCAAGGUCACGAUCCCGCAGAUGCUCCAGGUCGAGACGAUGCUUCCGCUCUCGACGCCGCUUCCAGUCCUGGCACCGUUCCUCUCCACGGCACUGGUCGGACUCGCGGCACUGGUCGGACUCGCAGCACCGGUCAAUCUCUCGCUCUCCGACCCGCUACUUGUGCUUUUGCUUCUACCAAUUGUUAGAUGUUCACUCUUGCAGAGAAAAGUCAUUGAUACCACUGCAAGAUGAAGAAAGUUCCAUUGAUUUUGCUGGCAACUUGUACUUACUGCUAAUGCACUCACCAGCAGAACAGUGGCCUCUUGUCGCUUUUACAGGAGGCAUCGUUGAUAAGGACCUUCGUCGCUACCUCAAUUUACGGUUCCAGAAAGGUUCGGUGGACCACGAGCUACAGCAGAUCAUACGAGACAAUCUCUACCUGCGCACAGUGCCAUGCACCACAAGGCCACAUAAGGAGGGGGAGGUCCCAGGUGUGGACUAUAUUUUCAUCACUGUUGAAGAUUUUAUGGAACUGGAGAAAAGUGGUGCUCUCUUAGAAAGUGGAACAUAUGAAGACAACUAUUACGGCACUCCAAAGCCUCCAGCAGAGCCAGCUCCAUUAUUGUUAAAUGUGACAGAUCACAUCCUUCCAGGUGCCACACCUAGUGCUGAAGGCAAACGUAAGAGGAAUAAAUCAGUGAGCAAUAUGGAGAAGACAGGUAUUGAACCACUGGAAGAGGAAGAGGAAGAAAGACCUGUGGUCAAUGGAAAUGGCAUGGUAGUAACACCAGAAUCGAGUGAACAUGAAGAGAAGAGUACAGGUGCCUCAGGUGAGAUUUCUUCCCAGCCUUACCCUGCACCAGUAUACAGUCAGCCUGAAGAAGCAAAGGAGAAUAUGGAUGUAACAAAGCAAACAAAACCUGAAGAGAAUGAUGAGUUGGGCCCAUUGCCUGAUAAUUGGGAAAUGGCUUACACAGAAAAAGGGGAAGUCUACUUUAUUGACCAUAACACAAAGACAACAUCAUGGCUGGAUCCGCGACUUGCGAAAAAGGCUAAACCUCCUGAAGAGUGCAAAGAAAAUGAGCUUCCAUAUGGCUGGGAGAAAAUUGAUGAUCCCAUUUAUGGCACUUAUUAUGUUGACCACAUAAAUAGAAGAACACAGUUUGAAAAUCCUGUAUUAGAAGCAAAAAGGAAGCUACAGCAGCAUAACAUGCCCAACGCAGAACUUGGAACAAAGCCUAUGCAGGCCCCAGGUUUCCGAGUAGAAAGCGCCUCAUCAACAUUACCUAGGCCUAAACACGUUCACCCGCAUCCUGCUCCUCAGAGGUCUCGCAGUGUGAAUGACCUGUCUCAGUGUCGGCGGGACAAUGCUGGAAUGUACAGUCUGUAUGAAAAACCACUCUUCACCCGUGAUGCAUCACAACUGAAGGGAAUUUUCCUCAGCACAACUCUCAAGAAGAGCAGCAUGGGCUUUGGAUUUACCAUCAUUGGUGGGGAUGAGCCAGAUGAGUUUCUACAGGUGAAGAGUGUAAUUCCUGAUGGGCCUGCAGCACAGGAUGGCAAAAUGGAAACAGGUGAUGUCAUUGUCUAUAUUAAUGAAGUUUGUGUCCUUGGGCAUACUCACGCAGAUGUAGUCAAACUCUUCCAGUCAGUUCCUAUUGGUCAGAGUGUCAAUCUGGUGCUAUGUCGUGGAUAUCCUUUGCCUUUUGAUCCUGAAGAUCCUGCCAACAGCAUGGUGCCACCACUUGCAGUAAUGGAGAGGCCUCCGGUAGUGGUAAAUGGAAGACAUAACUAUGAAACUUAUUUGGAAUACAUUUCUAGGACCUCUCAAUCUGUUCCAGAUGUAACAGAUCGACCACCACAUUCCUUGCACUCCAUUCCAGCAGAUAGUCAGCUUGAUAGCACAUUCCCACCACCUGUUCAUGAUGAUAAUGUAUCAAUGGCUUCUUCUGGGGCCACCCAAGCUGAACUCAUGACCGUAACCAUUGUGAAAGGGGCCCAGGGCUUUGGCUUCACUAUAGCAGACAGUCCUACAGGACAGAGGGUGAAGCAAAUUCUAGACAUUCAGGGAUGUCCUGGUUUGUGUGAAGGUGACCUUAUUGUUGAGAUCAACCAGCAGAAUGUACAGAACCUGAGCCAUGCAGAAGUAGUGGAUAUACUUAAAGAAUGUCCUGUUGGAAGUGAAACUUCUUUGAUUAUCCAUAGAGGAGGUUUCUUUUCUCCAUGGAAAACUCCAAAGCCUAUGAUGGAGCGAUGGGAGAAUCAAGGCAGCCCUCAAACCAGUUUAUCUGCUCCAGCUUUACCACAGAGUAUUCCCUUCCCACCCGCCCUUCACAGGAGUUCGUUUCCUGAUUCAACAGAGGCCUUUGAUCCAAGAAAACCCGACCCAUAUGAGCUAUAUGAGAAGUCAAGAGCUAUUUAUGAAAGUAGGCAGCAAGUGCCGCCCAGGACUGGUUUUCGAGUGGAUUCCUCUGGUCCAGAUUACAAGGAGCUGGAUGUUCAUCUUCGGAGGAUGGAGUCUGGAUUUGGCUUCAGAAUCCUUGGAGGAGAUGAACCUGGGCAACCUGUGGAGGAUUCAUAG